AUGUCUUUGCCAGUCACCCAAGCAAGAGCGUACCGCCGCACCGCCGACGGCAGUCGAAUCGAACUGGUCACCGAUGAACUCCCCAAAUCCCUCGCUCCAGACGAAGUACUGAUCAAAAUCCGUGCUGUAUCUCUUAACCACCGCGAUGUAGGCAUGCUGAAGGCCACCAAGUUCAGCGCCCCUCUGUCCCGGGGCGUCCCCUGCUGCAACUGUGCGGACGGGGUGAUUGGGACUGUGAACUACGCUGAACAUCCCAACUGGGGUCAGGAAGUGAGGCGUCUUACUGACGGCAAAGGAGCGGAUGUCGUUCUUGACAUCGGUGGCCAGGUAUCGAUUAGCAGAGUUUCAAUGCUGUGCGAACUAGGCGAUGGUGUCCAUGGUUGGCUUCCUGGAGGGAUACACGUUGGCUCUCGAAACAACCAAGAGGCAUUGAUCAACUUUCUCAACGAACAUCGCCUACCCUUGGACGUACUUGUCGACACUGUGUUUUCCUCUGAAGAUGCCGAAGCCGCUUUUAACCAUUUAUCGUCUAAGCAGCAUGUUGGGAGGGUUGUGGUCAGGGUUCAGUAG